ACCCGGUAGAAACAAACUAACUUCAGCUAACUUUACCAAAAGUAGCAGCUAGCGUUAGCUAUAAAGACAUCAUAUUGGAGCCGUAACACUUUAAUGUGCAUACUCGAACACGACAUUGAAUUUAUAGAGAUGCAGUCUACUGGUGAUGUCCAGGGUGGUCUUCGCAAACUGGAAACUCUCCUGCGGGUGAUAAAGUACCCAGGACAUGUCGACUACAAUAGCCUUUCCAAAGGAGAUGCCUCUGCUUCUCUACCAAUUGUGAGCUUCGCUCUCACUUCCUUCUCUCCACCUUUUGCUAAGCAACUAAUGGAGGCUGGACUGGAGCUGAGUGGCAAAACUGACCUCCGAUUCACUGACACUCUUUAUAAGGUACUGCGAGAUGUCUUCCACUAUAAGCCCGUACUGACCAAGCAGCAGUUCCUCCAGUGGGGUUUCUCUCAAAGGAAAAUCUCUGUCAUCUGUGACAUCAUUAACUUGGUCCUACAGAAACACAACCAACUGAAGAAGCCGAGAGUCAGAUGUCCUGCCUCACACAAGGAUGACCGAGGAGAAGCUCAUCCAACACUGACUGAUGCAGACACUGUGUCCGAGAGGCCAUUUGUUGAGAGGCACAUAGAAAAUCCCUCCACUUUUCACACAAAUUCUUCCCAUGCGGAAGCAUUCUCCUCCCAUAAUGUAACCUGUACCUCUCAUAAUGAAGUGUACACCUCCAAUUCUCCUGGAAAUGCGAUCAGAGAGCUGGCAGGACGGGAGGAGGACAAGGAGAACAGUCUUUACUCCUCAGAGGUGGAGGGACGGCUAUCAGCACUGGAAGCUCAACUAGGGAGUCUUCAGUCUGGGAUGGACAGGCUCAGUAUCCUGGAGAAACGGCUGGAGGAACUUGAUAAACAGAGAAACACUGACAAGAUUGAAGGAGAAGUCAUCACUGUAUCCAGAGAGAGCUGGGAAAAUCUGAUGAGCAGAGUGCUGUUAUUGGAAACUAAACUAGAUCUGAGCAAUAUACAGUUAAGUGUCCCGCCGCCAUGUCCGUCAUCUGCCUCCUCCCGUUCUUCCACCUCCAUGUCUGAUGCUUCAAAGGAGGACCUCAAGGACAGGCUGGAGAGGAUCACCAACAUGCUGAAGAGCACCUCCAGUCUGCUGAAGAACACUGAAUCCUAAACAACACACUGCAAAUAAAUUAUGACAAAUGACCAUCAUCUUAGCUUGGGUUUAAUGUAAUAUUACACUACAAUUUUGGAGCACUUUUCUAUCUUUUUGGCAAUGUUAAUGUUCCUUAUUAAUAGGAGUGUCACGAUUUCAAUCAAAAUAAGCUUUAAAAUUUGACCUUCAAAAUAAAAGCAGGAUCGGUGAUUCUCACUGUAUUUUCUUUCUCUAAUCCACAAUUAAAAGUACUUUAUUAAUUCAUGGACCUGUGCAAGACACUGCGUUUUCCACAACAAUGUCCUGCAAAUAUUUCAGAAUAAAAGCCCUUCGUUAACAAAUGAAUGAAUUCUGCCCUUGCUUUGUAACUUUUCUAACAAGCUACCUGUACAUUAGACAAGCCGAGAAACUCCUGUAGGUGCUUUUAACUCAAGUCUCAAAUAAAAUGACUGUCCAGGGAUGAAGGCCUCGGCUGAUGAAAGUGCAGUAGAUGAUUUCCACUGUGUUAGCCCUUCACAAAUAAAUGCUAUUCUUAAAACUGCA